AUUUCGCGGCAAAACAAAACGGCAAGGGCAAACAAUUUGUUUUCAUACGCUUGUUAAUUCUUACUUUGUUUACAUUUGGUGCAAAGUGCUUUGACCUCGGCGUGUUGUUUUUGUUUUCCUUCCGAAGCUGCGCAGUCCGUGCUGAAAAAAAUGUCAAAACUUGGCAAGAGAAAAAUAGUUGCUGCCGAACUGGCCGAUGCGGACAGCGAGGCAAAGCAAAAGAAUGGUAAUUCCAAGGCGGGAUCAAACGCGAACGACGAUGAAAACUCCCAGGACAAGAACGAUACGGCUUCAUUGGUUAGCGAGAAUUCAUCACAAAGGCUUGGCGGCGGCAAAAGGCGAAAGGCCUCCAAUAAGGCGGCAGCAAAUUUUGCAGUUGAAGCCAGCGAGUCAGAAGAUAGCGAAGAACCGCCAUUGAAUGGCAGCAAAAAUGCCUCCUCCAGUAGCAGCACAGCUGCUAAGAAGCCACGCAAAGGCGGCAAAUCGAAGGGUAAAGCGGCUGGCAAAAGCGCCAACAAUAAAAAGUCAAAAUCCGUAGAGAGUGAUGAUGAGAAAGAGGACGAAGAGGAUGAUGGUAUCGACGACAAUGAAAUCGAGUAUGAGGUCGAGGCCAUUGUGGGUCACAAGAUCAUCCGCAACGCCUUACACUUUUGUGUCCGCUGGAAAGGUUACACUCAGGAUGAGGACACCUGGGAGCUUGAAAGCGACUUGAACUGCGAUGCGCUCAUUGCCGAAUAUCGCAAGAAGGUGGACAUCAAUGAUAGCCCAAGCAAACCGAAAGGUAAAAAGGGUGCCGGUGGAAAGUCACCGAGCAGCGCUGGGCGUGGUCGUCCCUCCGGCCAAAAACAAUCAAAGCCCAAUGCUGAUUCCAGCGAUCCGGACAAGGAAUGGGCCGUGGAGCGCAUCGUGUCGUGCGUCGAGGAUGAUGAGCAUGGUAUUCUCUAUCGCAUACGCUGGAAGGGAUUCGGCGCUAAGGACGAUACCUGGGAGCCAGAGUCAAAUCUGUCGUGCCACAGUCUAAUCGAAAAGUUCAAAAAAGGACUUGAGUUGGAGGUUAAUGUCGAUGCGAAGCAUUUGCGAGAGUCCCCGAAAAAAACUAAGCGACUGGUCAAUGAGACCACACCACGUUCCAAUUUGCACAAUCGCAUUGGACGCUCUUCCAAGCGCUCAGCCGCUAAAAAUCGCGUAUUUUAUGGAGAGGAGUGAAAAAUCACGGAUACAUCAAAAAUAACUGCAGAGAUGAGGAAUUGGCGUUUCCCCCUCCCCUUCCCCAAUCCAAUAAAGUAGUCUACGAUUAUUUAUCGUAAAUUCAACUGUUUAGGCAAUAGUCUAUCUGCAGGUCUGUGGCUGGCGAACGUCCGCCACCACCGAUGCUUUAGCUUUAAGUCCAAUGUGUAUUAGACCCCAUACUCACUUAUAUACACAAACAUAGUAGAUCUUAAGUCCAAAUUUGUUUAUUUAAUUCUUGUACUCUUAGAACCGUCACAAAAAAUAACUUGAUUUUGUCGCGUCUGUCUCCCCUGUAGCUUUUAGUUUAAGUCUGGUCUACGAGCCAAUCUGAUUUUCGAAAUAGAGCCCUACACUUAAGACCGAUCUGGAAAAUCGGCUUUACUAUGGAGCUCGAAAUUAUGUGUAUGUAGAGCUCCUCCCCACAAACAUUUGGCACCACUUACCCUAGUGUCGAUUAUAUUCAUUGUGUAUGAAUAUGGAAAAGUAUAUAUAUUAAAAAAAAUAUAAAUAUAAACAAUAAAA